CCCCCCAUGCGCUCACAACGUCACGGAGCUACAACCAAGCUUCCUGAUCAAGUCAAGAUAUGGCUUACAAGCUUGUCUUCAUCAGUAGCUUCGCAGCGGCCAUCGCCGUGCUCCAGACCAUGCAGCCACGGCCGCCUGCCGCCAUGAACGCCGCCACGCUCAUCGACCGGCUGCGCUCCUUUCCGGCGCCGGUCUACGCUUAUCUGACGGCGGCGAUCAUCGUCCUAGCAUCGGCCAUGUCAAAGCUGCUGCGCCGCUGGGACAACGGCCACGUGUACCUGGUGGAGUACGGGUGCUUCCGGCCACAGCCCUGCUACAGGACGCCAUUGGCGGUGUGCCGGGAGCACGCGAAGCUGAUGCCGUACCUGUUCGACGAUGAGAGCGUGGAGUUCAUGAUGCGGCUGGUCCGGCGGUCGGGGCUGGGGGAGGAGACCUGCGUGCCCGUGGCGUACCACUACAUGCCCCCCGACCGGAGCCUGGAGGCGUCCCGGCAGGAGGCCGAGCUCGUCAUCUUCUCCGCCAUCGACGACGCCUUCGCCAAGACAAGCUUGGAGCCGGCGGACAUGGACGUGCUCGUCCUCAACUGCAGCGUCCUGUCCACCACGCCCUCCCUCGCCGACAUGGUCAUCAACAGGUACAAGCUCCGUCCUGAUGUGCGGAGUGUGAACCUCUCCGGGAUGGGAUGCAGCGCGGCGCUCGUGUCGGUCGGCCUCGUCAGGAACAUCCUCAAGAUCUCGCCGCCGGGCACAAACGCGCUGAUCGUGUCCACGGAGAUCCUAUCGUCGCAAUACUACAUCGGCACGGACCGAUCGAUGCUUCUCCCCAACUGCCUCUUCCGCAUGGGCGCGGCCGCCACGAUCCUCUCCAACUCCCCGGAGAAUGCCCGAUUCCGGCUCGGCACCGUGGUGCGCACCGUCACCUCCGCACGGGACACGGACUACCGGUGCGUGUACAUGGACGAGGACGACAAGGGCAACACCGCGAUCCGCCUUUCCAGACACCUUCCUGCUACCGCCGGGCGCGCGCUGAUGGACAACAUCGCCUCCUUCGCGCCGCUCGUCCUUCCGAUCUCCGAGAAACUCCGCAUCGUGUUGUCUAGCCUCGUCAAGCGCGUGGCGGCGGCACUCGUGAUGACCAACGGCGGACGCGGCGAUGCGAGGCUCCACGACAUCCUGGACUUCCACACGGCGUUCGAGCACUUCUGCAUCCACGCAGGUGGGCGUAGUGUCAUCGACGAGGCCCAGAAAUGGCUCGAGCUCUCCGACCAUGACGUCGAGGCAUCGCGGAUGACGCUGCACAGGUUGGGCAACACGUCAAGCAGCUCCGUGUUGUAUGAGCUGGCUUACCUAGAGGCCAAGGGGUGGGUGAAGAAGGGUGACCGGGUGUGGAUGAUCUCCUUCGGCGCUGGGUUCGAGUGCAAUAGCGUCGCAUGGGAGUGCAUCAAGCCGUCCGCCACUCCCACUAACGGGCCCUGGGCCGACUGUAUCCACCGUUACCCGGUGCAGAUCCCCAGCGUCGUCUAAGAAACCCAUGUCUGAUGUGAGAGAGUGCUAAAAUAUAUUGCUCCCGCCUCUCUCCAUCAGUUCGAACUCUUGAGUGAACAGUCUAGGUGCAUACAAUUCAAUAAGGAGAGCCCCGUGAGAAGUAUCAAAUGUUUAGAAAAAUAUUAGCGACUUGGUGGAUUCAAAAAUAUAUAGCCCGAAAGAAACUAUCGCUAUUAACCAUGCUUA